AUGCGUGAUCACGUUAAGGUGUGGCGGGACUGGGGCAUCAACGUCACGAAGCCCGAAGCACAUGCGCAAAGGAAUGUCGCAAUGGGCAUCUUCGGCAUUCGUGCAUUUGACAAAGCGCCUCCACAAGAUGGCUCGUUGGGACCGUUCCAGAUCAAUGACCGGGGGACCACUGCGAUUCGCCAGCGCCUGUUGAAGAGUGUAUGGGCAGAGGAGUGGGAAGUGUUCCCUGGAGCCCCCGAGCUCGUCUUGGGGAGGGCCCGAGUGUGA